AUGGACAUCCGUUCCCCGGUGCUCAACGAUGAGUUCACGUGCCACUCCAAGGGUAACAGUAGGAACUACGUCAGCGCCGACCGUGCCAACGAGUCGUAUACGAAAUUCUGCGAGGAGGUCGAGGAGAGUCACCCGUCCAACACGGUCAACUGGGGAGGCACCCCGGAGGAGCACGAGUACUCCAUCACGCUGACCAACUGCCGCGGCAGCUUAGACAGGGACGAGUGCGAAGACUUGUUCGAUAAGCUCAUCCACUCGUGCGACUCGUCUGACAAUCCCAUGAACUGGAAGCAGGGAGGCAAGUACAUCCGCCAAGAUGGCGACUACACCUACGAGCUCAAUCCCAGGCGGUCGGGACGGCCUUGGCCGCUGCAAGGGCUGGCACAAAAAACUCUGCUCCCUAACAUGAACCACUGCUACGACCUUGGUACCACUAACUGGAACUUCAAUUACCAUGACAAUCCGUUGGAACACGGAGGUUAUGAGUGGAAAGCAACGUUUAGGACUCCUAAGAACAACAAGAUUGUUGAGGCUGCGGGUGGCUGGACUGAUGGGUGUGGAGGCAAUGAUUAGGAGAGCGG